GUGCAAUCUGCCUUGGGUUUUAGGAACUUCUCUCCAUCAUUGAUAUAACAAACGGAUGUAAAACAUUCUCCUGAGAACUCAGUGAGGCUCAGUGCCAGUUCCCUACAGAAUGGCUGCAGAACCUGCUUAUGAUGACUUUGAGAAUUUCAACCUGGACGGUCAACGAAAUCAACAGCAGGCUAAAUGGACGAGAGGUAGUCGAUUCAAGUCACCUCUCUGCCGGAAGUGUCUGAUUCUCUUCAUCGUCACCGUUCUGACAGUCUCCCUAAUUCUACUGAUCACUAGGGUCAUGAAAAGUUCGGAGACAAAUGAAACAGUGGAGGAGUUUCAGAAGCAGGUCCAGAUGGAAGUCUCACAGGCAAUGAGUAAUGUUUCCAAGAAGUCUGAGCUGGAGGACCUCAAUCUGAGUAUUCAGGAGAAAAUGAAUCAGAUGAGUUCAAAACUGCAAACCCAGAUAUCCACAGAGAUCACCCGCUUACUCACCCAGAUCUCCAUCAAGUUGGAAAUGCUGCCAGAACCUGGGUGUCAGAACCUUCAAUGCCCUCACAACUGGAUACACUUUAAUGGGAGCUGUUACUACUUCUCGACAAAGAAAGCCACAUGGGAUGCAAGUCAGCAGUACUGUUCCAUCCAUGGGGCUAAACUUCUUGUCAUUAAUGACCAGAUUGAGCAGUAUUUUAUUGCCGUGGAAAGUGAAUCCAAGAGAUUUUGGAUUGGUCUGACCGAUCACAACAGCAACAACAUGUGGCAUUGGGUAGAUGAGACACCCUACAAUUCUACCCCAACAUUCUGGAUGCCAGGGGAGCCAAACGACCUUGCUGAAGGCUGUGCUCACCUGUGGACUAAUGGCUUGUGGAACGAUGCACCCUGCUCAAAGGAGGACUACUUUAUCUGUGAGAAACAAUCUCACCAAUGAACAUUUGCAACGUCACUGCAUUUUGUUUUCUCCCUUCUUUAAUGACUUCUCAAACCUUUUUGCACAGCUAACAAUGAAGAAAAUCUUGUGUUACUAAAACACUUUGUAAACUGUCUUAAAGCCCUUUCACCAAUGUCAUGAUGUAGACAACCAACUUGUGCACAACAAGCUGACACUAUUAGCAUUGUGAUUAAGACAAAACAACUUGUUUUAAUGAUGUUGGUUGAGGGUUAGUGAUUAUCCAUGGACAAUAGAGAGAACUCCCCCACUCAUAUCUUGCCAUGGGAUUUUUUUUUGUGUCCACCUGAGUCUUUACUCCAAUGCCAAGCCAGGCAAACAGGAAACUUCCUUAUCGCUGAACCCAGAUAUUCAACAAGCUGACCCUGUUUUUAUAUUGCACCCCUCAUAAACUUUUCCUCAUGAAUCAUGCUAACAUAAAAUAACUGUAAGUCCACGGAGAAGAAGAGCUAGUUAGUUGGCUCUUUCACAGAGCUGGCACUUGUAAUUCUGGGCUGAUGGCCUUAUCUUGUGAUGCACAGUUCUGUGAUGCUGACUGUCAUCCGAAAGAACUGGUCAAAAGUAUACAUGGUUGAUCAGAAUACUCUCCACUUGCCUGAAUAAAUAGCAGCCAUGAAGCACAUCACCCAGGACAAAGUAGCCUGUUUGACUCGCAUCCCACCCACACCUUAAGCAUUCACACCUUUCACCACUGGCACACGCUUCAGUGUGUGUCACCCACAAGAUGCAUUGCCUAGACUAUUCCAACAGCACCUUCCAAACUUACAGUCUACAACCAAAAAGGACAGGAGCAGCAGGUGCAUGGGAACACCACGAGCUGCAGGUUCCACUUCAAGUCCAGGAACCCCCCUACCCUACACCUUCACCGGGGGGGGGGGGGGGUCUGCAAUAUCUCAAGAACUUGCCAUCUCCUUCUCCAGGGCAAUUAGGAAUGAGCAUCAAAUGUGAAAGAACAUAAGGAAUCAGAAACUGAAUUCACUUUGUGUAACGCUCCUCUCUUGCAGUUGAUGUAUUUGAAUUUUUGGUUUGAAAUAAAAGUUUCGGAGUCGCAAAUAUC